AUGGUUAGAGCUGAUGCAUCCGUCAGCAUCAAGGUGCUCCUGAAUGCGACGACGACAUACUUUGGGUUCAGGCCAACGUAUAGGAGGGUUUGGUUGGUGAAGCAGAAGGCCGUCGCCCACAUCUAUGGUGAUUGGGAUGAGUCGUACAAUGAGCUCCCGCGGUGGGUGUUAGGAGUUCAAUUGACGAUGCCUGGUACUGUUGCAGUCCUUAGGACAAGUCCUGUUCGAGUUGGGGGCCAGGUGGAUGACUCACAAGCUUAUUUUCACCGGCUCUUCUGGACGUUUCCACCAUGUAUUGAGGCAUUCCGGCAUUGCAAGCCGUUGGUGAGUAUUGACGGCACCCACCUGUAUGGUAAGUAUGGGGGUACGUUGCUCGUCGCGAUUACACAGGACGGGAACUCCAACAUACUGCCUGUUGCAUUUGCAUUGGUUGAGGGUGAGAAUGUGGAGUCCUGGUCCUUCUUUCUUUCCCAUCUACGACAGUACGUGACCCCGCAAUCGGCAAAUUUUGCCCUGACCUUCAAGGGCAAGGACGCAAAGAGGCUUCUUGUGAAUGCAUGUUAUGCUAAGACUGAGGUGGAAUUCGAUUACUGGUUUGAUAUUCUGCGAUCUGAAGACCCUGCCAUGUGUGAGUGGGCGAACCGGAUCGAGUAUUCAUUGUGGACCCAGCAUCGGGAUGAGGGUAGGAGAUUCGGUCACAUAACGACAAAUAUCUCUGAGUGUGUUAAUUCAAAUCAGGAAUCUCCCGGUGUGCUCGUUGCUGAAGGCUACUUAUGGGAGGUUGGCAGAACUAUUCAUUCGCAAGGGGAGAGAGGCAGAGGUCCAGUUAGGAACCGGACAACAAUUCAGUCAACAUCUGGUGAAGUGUAUAGAGGCCAAUCUGAAGACGGCGAGGUGCUUCACGGUGACUUUGUACGACAGAGAUAA